GUUUUCUUGAAAAUUUUGUAGUUGGUGGAAGAAUGUAGGCUCAGCAAAUAAGUUGCACUUUGCAAGAGACAGGCUGAUGGAGAGCUUCUUUUGGUCAGUUGGAAUGGUAUUUGAACCACAAUUUAGUGAAUGCCGAAAAGGUUUAACCAAAGUGGUUAAGCUAGUCACUAUUAUAGAUGAUGUUUAUGAUGUUUAUGGCUCUCUUGAAGAACUUGAACAAUUUACGGAUGCUGUUGAGAGAUGGGAUAUCAAUGCUUUGCAGCAUUUGCCUGGCUGCAUGAAGAUAUGUUUUUUAGCUCUUUACAACACUGUUAAUAACAUGGCAUAUGACGUUCUUAAGGAACAAGGUCAGGUCGUCCUUCCUCAGCUCACAAAAGUGUGGGCAGAUUUGUGCAGACUGUUCUUAAAGGAAGCGCAAUGGAGUUGCAAUAAACAUAUACCUACUUUUGAUGAGUAUCUUAGUAUGGGAUGGUUAUCAUCAUCUGGACCACUUCUACUUGUUCAUGCCUACUUUCUAAUGAAUAAAAAUAUUACAAAUGAAGAGAUAGAAUUCUUCAACGAUUACCCUGCUCUCUUACGCUACACAUCCACAAUUUUUUGCCUUUGCAAUGAUUUAAGUUCCUCAAAGGCCGAGAUUGAGAGAGGUGAAACUGCCAAUGCAAUUUCAUGUUACAUGCAUGAAAAAAGUGUUUCUGAGGAAGUUGCCCGUGAAUACAUCAAAAGUUUGAUAGAUGAGAAUUGGAGGAUGAUAAAUAAAGAAUUGGUUUCAAGUUCCAUUUUCAGCAAGUCCUUUAUUGAAAUAGCCAUAAACCUUGCUCGAAUAGCGCAAUGUCACUACCAGUAUGGCAACGCUCACAGUGAUCCAAAUGACAUAACGAGAAACCGAGUUUUGUCAGUUAUUAUUGAGCCCAUUCAAUUGACACAGCCAUAUAGGAACUUAAAACUGUCCGUAAAUUAAGAGAAAAGAUUGUUAACUUAAAGAAGUGUAACUAGUUUAUAUAUUAUAAGGUUCAUAAGGAUGAUUAUUGAACAGAGGUGGUAGAUAAAGUGAUAAGGACGUAGCUGGUUCAACCCUCACCGAGAGGAUGCUGCUUGCUGAGUUAUACUCAAGUCGAGGGUGGGUAUUAAUCAAUUUGCUUCAAAACUACUUCAUGUUACAAAAUCUGUAUCUAACAUUUUGUAAGUAAAAGUGUUCUCUUGUUGGGAAUAUAUACAAAUACUAUAAUGAA